GUCAAAAAGCGCCCUCGCUUGUUUGCGCAUGGAGCGCAAAACUUGUGUAUGUAUCUAUAUGUGCAUUGAGGAUUGAAACAGUGAGAGUUUUUUUUUUCAAAGUUUUAGUUUUCGCUAAACAACGAUAUGAAGUGCAUGAUACCUGGAAGCAACAUUAAAGUAUUUGGAAGAAGUAUCCACUGUUUAUCAAAGAUUGGAGAAGACUUGUACAUCGAACCUUUAGAUCAUGGGCUGGCUCUGAGGACAGUGAACUCUUCAAGGUCAGCCUAUGCCUGCUUCCUGUUUGCCCCAAGUUUCUUCCUGUCGUAUAUUAAUGGGACGUAUAAUCAACAGGAGACAAAUCAAGAGGAAGAGGACAGCUUUAGAUGCCGAAUAACAAUGAAGUCUUGCCUGACAGUUUUCAAGUCGCUCUACACAUUGGAGAAAACAGUGGAUAAAUGUCAGGUGUACAUUGAUCUGAAGGAUUGCCGACUAGUCUUCCUUCUGCAUUGCAAGCAUGGUAUUGUGAAGACCCAUAAUCUGACUUACCAAGAAACAGAGACCCUUCAAGCUGUCUUCUCCAAAGACCUGUGUCCUAACCACAUUGUGGCUAAUUCAAAGGCUCUGAUUGAUGUUGUGAGUGGCUUCCAGACGUCACAGGAGGAGAUUACAUUGAGCGUAACUCCUCAACAGGUCAGCUUCAAGAACUAUGUAGAAGAUGAACCAGAUCCUAACAAGGUUGUGCACUCGGAGAUGUUUCUAAGCCCAAGUGAGUUUGAUGAUUAUACAGUGGGCAUUGAUGCAGAAGUAACAUUUUGCCUAAAGGAACUCAGGGCUGUGUUGUCUUUUGCUGAUGCUGCUGGUUUGCCUAUGUCACUGCACUUUGAGUCCACGGGAAAGCCCAUUGUGUUUGCUAUGGAGAGUGAGCAAACAUUAGAAGCAACAUUUGUUCUUGCCACCUUAGCUGACCUUCCAUCCAGUCAAAGCUCUACUCAGCACAGAGUCCCUGCAGCUAGUCAACACACUGCAGUCAAUCAUACAAGCCACACACACAGUUUAACAAAGCAAAGGAAGCAAGCAGUGAAUAACUCAUCAAGCAGGAGUCAUUCUAACCAAGCCGAUGAUCGGAGAGAAUUCAGGAAAACCAAGCCUCCUAAUACAAAGAGACAAAAUGAAAUGGAUUUUCCAGAUGAUCUCAACAACCAGAGGGAAACCAGUCACUGUAGGCAGCCAGGGUCAGACAGGAUGAAAGAUAUUGAUGCAGAGUUUGAGCAUCAAGACAGAGUACAAGCAAGAGGCCCCAGUAGUCCUAUCAUUCCUCUGCACUCACAUGUCCACAGAGCAUCUGAACAUCAGACUAGACCAGCACUCUUCCCUGAGAUUAAAGCUGCCCCAAAGGACAAUGACAGAGCUACACAGAUCACCCAAUGUGUGCAACCAAACAGGACAGUAUUGGCAAGAUAUGAGGAGCCUUGUGAUGAAGAGCAUAGAGUGAAUGCUAAACAACAGACUGGUGUAGUUGCCCCUGAUGAUCAGUGUGUUGAUAGUGCCAAUGUUAGUGACAGUGAAGACUAUGAUUUUGUGCCAGGAACUCCCCCCAGCAAAAAGUUCAAGUCAAUGUUCUUUGGAGCAUCUCAACAGCUGAGCCAGUCAUUGGAGACUGCCCAGAAGUCUUCAGCUGUGGUAUUGUGCGAAGAUACUGAUGAGGAGGAUUCAGACUGACAGACAGCAUUAGCUGUUGUACAUUAAGAUCAUACCCAGAGGUUUUAGUGGUUACUGAAUGAUAUGUGUGAUGCCAUGACUUCAUGUGCAUUUCCUGAUGACUACAUGCAUAAUGCAUGACUGAUGGCACAAGUUAGAAAUUAGAACAGUAACAAUGUUACUGUUCUAAUCUUACUGUCAUACCUAAGGGUGCUCCCCUGUGGGGCCCCCCCCCCCUUGCUAACAGGGAGACAUGAGAAUUGCCUCACACUGGAAAACCAUUUGCUGCUAGAAAAUAAUACUCAAGUUCACUUCUCCAAUUUUACAAUUUUCCUCACCAUUAACAUUGUCAAAAAAAUUAGUAUUUCCCCCAUCCAAAAUAAAAAAAUGAGUGAGACCACUGAUUGGACGUAGAACAUGAACCAAACUGCAUGUUCAUCUUAAAAACAAAUGUGGUUAAUAUGCUAGAUCAUUUUAUAAGUUUUGAUUGAUUACUUUGUGAACAGUUGUGCCUCCAAAAGUUUUCUUUUAAUAGUAAUGUCCUCUUACUAUUGUAAAGUUUAGUAUGUCGUUACUCGUAGAAUAUCAUUAAAUACUAAGUGGGAUCAUUGCAAGCAGUAUUGCCAGCUACAAUGUGCCGUUUGCAAGUAAGUGUGCACCCAUAUAGGUCAAAUGUGUGUGUGUGUGACAACAUUAGUGCUGUAUUUACAGAUACUUGAUCCUAUCAAUCUACGCAUUGGUACAGUACAACUACCUUCACAAGGUCAUCUGUAUGGAGCCUAAUUAGAUGAUGUACCCUUCAAAUUCCAGGCCGUGACUAAUGCCAUGAGCUUCCCUGCUAAUUUUACAUGGGAAUGUUUCAAAUGACUGAUGUAGCAAAGAUGCCUCACCUGAGCAUGGAUAUAGGAUCCCACAACAUCAUGGGCAGACCUUUAAACAGAUCGUUCAUCAAUACUCAGAAUGCAACGGUAGUUUAUCAAGAAGGUUUAUAAAGAGGCAGAAUCUAUGGUUGAAGUGUUGCAGUACAAAUUCUUAUGUUUACAGGAGUAGAGUAUUAGCCAGCAUUUAUGUCAUGGUAGUGUGGAGACUUGCUCUAUUUUUAGUUACAAAGUUAAAAGCAAAGUCACAUCCUUCACCUGCUCCAACCAGAAUGGGCAGCUUGAUGCAUGUACCAAUUGCAGAUAGGGCUACAUUAUCAGACUAUUCAGUGAGAUAAGUUGCACAUUUCUGAAUACGUGUCUGGUGUAAAUAAAACUUGAUAUUAAAUUGUUUGAUUUUAAAGGAUAUGUUUAAAAAUAUUUGUUUGAAAUUAAAUUGUUCAGCAUAUUCCCUUGAAUCUGA